AUGGCCUCACCAACCGACCCAAACCCCAUCGGCAACCUCCUCUCCCUCUUCGCCGCCCCCAAAACGACGUCGUCCUCCUACCCCCGCUCCUCAAUCCGCCUCGCCCUCGUCCUCCCCAACUCCCCUCAACCCCUCGCUCCUCCCGCCGUCAUGAACACCGCCGCGCCGGCGUCGGAGUCGACCUCGGCCUCGUUCCCGGCCAAGAUCAAGAUUUCCAACUUGAAUUCAAUGAUUAAGGGCAGUGGGCCCGCCUUUGUGGGCCAGGUCUUCAGUAUGUGCGACCUUUCCGGCACCGGCCUCAUGGCCGUCUCCACCCACUUCGAUAUACCCUUCAUCUCCAAAAGAACUCCUGAGUGGCUAAAGAAGAUGUUUGCCUCGGUCAGUAAUGGUCAGAGGAAUGGUGGCCCGGUGUUUCGGUUCUUUAUGGAUUUGGGUGAUGCAGUUACGUAUGUGAAACGGCUGAAUAUUCCGAGCGGGGUGGUGGGUGCUUGUCGUCUCGAUUUGGCUUAUGAGCAUUUCAAGGAAAAGCCCCACUUAUUCCAGUUUGUUCCAAAUGAGAAACAGGUCAAGGCAGCUAACAAACUUCUAAAGGGAAACACACAGGAUGGAAAGUGCAAAAGGGUUGAUGGGGUCCCAGUUUUUAGUGCUCUAAACUUGGAUAUUGCAAUAGCAAGUCCAGAUGGGGUCAAGUGGUAUACACCCUACUUUUUUGAUAAAAACAUGCUUGAUAACAUUCUUGAGGAAUCUGUAGAUCAGCAUUUCCAUAGUUUAAUUCAAACUCGGCACAUGCAGCGGCGAAGGGAUGUGGUUGAUGACAACUUGGCUGCAGAAGUGAUUGAAGAGAUGGGCGAUAACUUAUGGGAACCUCCAGAGGUUCAGGAAAUGAUGGAUGAAAUAGGGAACCCUGGAAUACCACUGAGUGUUAUAUCCAAGGCAGCCGAAAUGCAACUCCAAUAUACUGUUGAUAAGGUAAUUCUCGGCAAUAGGUGGCUACGGAAGGCAACUGGCAUUCAACCGAAAUUCCCUUAUAUGGUUGACACCUUUGAGAGAAGGAGUGCAGCUUCUUUUCUUAGAGCUUCCAAGUCAACCAACUGCCUUACCGAUUGUGAAGCAGUAGAUGAUGUUAAAGAUUCUCUACAGACUAGCACUUCAGAGAUUCAAUCAAAGGAUUAUAUGCAGCCCAACAAAGGAAACAGAUCAGGUCUGUGGUUUCCUUUUGGAGAUUGGUUUAGUCAUCUGUGGUCAAAACAAAAGCACCAUGAUGGAAUCUUAUCCACACAAUAUGUAGAUGAGAGCUCACAGCUAAAUGUGCACCUUCCUAAGAUUACAAUGGUUGGCAUUUCAUCAACUGGUGAGGCAGGGACCAUGAGUAGAGAGAGUGUAAGGAAAACAAUGGACGAUUUAACGAAAGAACUUGAGCAGACAGAUCCAGAAAUUGCCAGUGGUAUUGAAGCGAGUAAUCAGUUUAAAUUUGAGGACAGAGAUCCACUAUUUGUAGCAAAUGUAGGUGAUUACUAUUCUGGCAAGGCAAAGGGUGGAGCAAGAUUUAGCUUUCGUGAAUGAAACAGUUCCCACUCUCACAAGCAGGUGACAUUUUUGCUCCUUUGGGUAUAGUAGUGAAUAGACGACGCACCACCACAUCUGAAGAAAAGGCAUUGUUAAUAUACCAUGUAUUCUUUCUGCUGGGUAUCAGAUUCUUUGUGUUUCAUGCUUUUGGAUGUAGUCAUGUAGAAUGUAUCUCACAAUAAGAACUCUGCAGAUUUGGUGUAAAAUGGUUUUUCAUUUUCAAUAUGAAGAAGUCAGAGAUUUUGAUGUUGUAC